CUGAGCUACGGAAAUUUGUAUAUGUGAACACUGGCAAAGGCGUGAAAAUAAUUGGUACAAAAAAAAACAGACCUUUGUUGUUAUUAUUAUUGUUUGUUAAUUUAUAGUGAACAGUUGCUGCUGCUUUAUUGUUGUAAGCAAGCAAUUACUGACACACACAAAAAAACACAGAUACAGGCGGGAGAGUGCGAGGGGAAUCCCACGUAGAAUGUGAGAAAGAUGCGCAUGCGCGGACGAAGAUUGCUUCCGAUUAUCCUGUCGCUACUCUUGAUCGUCUUGCUGAGUCUCUGUUACUUUUCGGGCCAGUUGAGGGAUUCGAGGGAAUCCCCCGAUGACGAGUUCCUGCUACACUUGCCGCCUGAAGCGGAGGAGGAUCCCUCUAGCCCCAUCCACCUGCCCCCAGCUAAUCCCCUCUUAAAUCUUACAAAUUUCCAGUAUUUGCUAGCAAGCAAUGUUUGCCGAAAGGCGGAAAGGGAACUCUUGGCCGUUCUGAUUGUGACCUCAUAUGCCGGACAUGAUGCCCUUCGAUCUGCCCACCGGCAGGCGAUUCCUCAAAGUAAACUGGCCGAGAUGGGGCUGCAAAGAGUCUUUCUCCUAGCGGCCCUACCUCCCCGAGAGAAGUUUAUCAGCCAAGAUCAACUGAUCAGCGAGCAACAGCGGUUUGGGGAUCUGCUCCAGGGAAACUUCAUCGAGGACUAUCGCAACCUGAGCUACAAGCACGUAAUGGGACUUAAGUGGGCCUCCCAAGAGUGCAAGAAGCAGGCCAAGUUUAUCAUAAAACUGGACGACGACAUCAUCUACGAUGUGUUCCAUCUGCGCAGGUACUUGGAGGCCCUCGAAGUGGGCCAACCAGGACUGGCCACUUCUAGCACUCUGCUUUCCGGCUAUGUGCUGGAUGCCAAGCCCCCCAUUCGCCUGCGUGCCAACAAGUGGUACGUUAGCAAAAAGGAGUAUCCGCAUGCCCUUUAUCCCGCAUAUUUGUCCGGAUGGUUAUACGUGACCAAUGUUGCCACGGCCGAGAGGAUUGUGGCGGAGGCAGAAAGGGUGUCCAUAUUUUGGAUCGACGACACCUGGUUGACAGGGGUAGUGCGGACCCGUUUGGGUAUUCCCCUCGAGCGCCACAACGAUUGGUUUUCCGCCAAUGCAGAGUUUAUCGACUGCUGUGUCAGGGAUCUCAAGCAGCAUAGCUACGAGUGUGAAUACUCUGUGGGACCCAAUGGCGGCGAUGAACGACUACUGGUGGAGUUCUUGCACAACGUGGAGAAAUGCUAUUUUGAUGAAUGCGUUAAACGUCCGGCAGGCAAGUCCCUGAAGGAGACCUGCGUGGCGGCAGCCAAGUCCCGAGCCCCGGAACAUGGUUUGGCUGAAAUUAAGCCGCUGCGGCUGAGGUGACCUCGGCUGUUGGAUAUGUUGACCAAGCAGCUAAGCCAGCUCAGUAACUAGUAAUUAAUGACAUCCAUGUGCAAGGGGAGGUAGUAGUAUCCUCCUAAAGGUGUGUAAUCCUCCCACCACUCAUCUUAGUUUGUAGCUUAGCCUAGUUGUUGCAAUCAGGGGUGACCCAAACAUUCUUUCCAACCGAAUUCGUAAAGUCUGAGCGUAUUUACUCUGAAACCCAUCUAAAACUCGACCAAUUUCGAUCGAUUAUCGAGAUCAACCCGUUUCGCUGAAUUCGAAAGUAGUGUAAGCAUUCUUGCAACACUAGCAUUACAGCUCCACCAGACUCCGUCCUCAAAAGAAUGUUAGAUUUUAAUAUCUUUCUAGCAAUUUAUUAUGGAUAAAACUGCAUUUAUACAAUUAAAUUUGAGUAAAUAAAGAAUAUUCUAACUAAAAA